AUGAGCGGAGACAAGUGGUCUAAAGACAUUAUUGCAUUUUUCAAUAACUCAAUUUUUUCAACUUCCAACUCUACAACUAUCAACGACGACAUUACACAAGGCCACCUGACUGACAUGUGGGAAGAAGAUUUUGAAUGUGCCUUCGAAGAUGGGGUGGAAGGACCUGUCUUUCAUGCCAGUGCUCCACCAGCACUAUCUCUGCACCCCAAUGAACCUUUGCCUUCCGUCGACAACACCGAGACUAGUCCAACCAUUGCACCUCAAAUUGGACUCUCAGCAUCUAUCUCUACUGUGAUGCAACAUCUAGUUCUAGCUUCAGACACACAGGAUCAAGUAGUGUCAGAGCAUGACACCAAUACUGAUACAAUAAUUGUCGACACCACCGUGAAGCCCAAGCCUAAACCCAGACCCAAGGCCAAACAUGGGAAAGGCAAGGCUGGCCUUGAUGAUGAUUUCGAGUUGACGGAAGCUAACACACGGAAGUCUUCACGGAAAAGGUCAUGA